CAGAGUCCGCGUGGCCUUCGCAGCAUACUUUCUCUGCAGUUCCGGCUGAGAUGCCGUUCGCGACGUGUCGUGCAUUCCGCUGCUGUCACGUGCUGGCCGAGGUUUUCGUUGCAGCCGUGGUGGUGAUUCUGCCGCCGUGACGCCACAUCAUGAUGGCGUAACUGUCGCCUGUUCCACCUGCGGCGCAGUCUUCGAUGCCACCCCUCGGCAUUGUCCCACCACGUGGACACAGCCGUUGUCGCACGCCUUAUCUUAAGUGGAGGAGCCAUGGAAGAGGGAGAAGAGUGCAGAGGGUCUCUGGUAGACGACAUGGUGGCGCUAAUGUCGUCCGGGCAUGCUGCUGACGUCACCAUCAUGGUGGACGGCUUCUGGCUGCCCGCACACAGAGCUGUGCUGACGGCGCGCAGCACUGUGUUCGCCGCCAUUUUCCGAGAGCAGGUGCUGGAAGUUACUGGCGGCAGCAUCACUGCCAUCGACAUGAGCCACGAGGUGCUGGGGCAGCUCCUGCAGUUCAUGUACAGCGACGAAGCGCCCCUGCUGGAGUGUGUCGCCGCAGAGCUGCUCGCAGUUGCCGACAAAUACUGCGUGUCCCUGCUGAAGCAGCAGUGCGAGCAGCAGAUGAUUUUUGGACUGACCGUGGAUAAUGCUGCAGACAGCGCCGUCCUCGCCUUUGAACAUAUGUGCCCAAAGCUGAAGGCGGCGGCCAUCAACUUCAUCAGUUCGCACUACAAAGAAGUUAUGGCUACAGAGGGAUGGACGAACGCACUGCGGCACCACACUGAAGUCAGUGUGGAGAUCUGUCGUCUGCUGGGGGAUGCUAAAACUCUAGAGGCAGAAUGCGAGACUGAAGAACCAGCAGAGGGGGAAGAUGCCAAGGGCAGGCUGGCGGGCGACCUGCUGGCGCUGCUGGCGUCUGGCGUGUGCAGCGACGUCACGCUGAUGGUGGGCGGGGUCGCGCUGGCAGCUCACAGGGCGGUGUUGGCGGCUCGCAGCCCCGUGCUCGCCGAGAAGCUCACCGACCUCCCGGGCGGCAUCCUGCACGUGGCCGGGGCGCCGGAACAGGAGGUGCGCCGGGCGCUGCGCUACAUGUACAGCGACCAGCUGCCGCCCCCGGCGAGCAUCACAGUCGACCUCUUGGCACUCGCCGACGACUACGGGCUGCGUGUUCUGAAGGAGUACUGCGAAAAGCACUUGGCAGACGAAAUCACUGUCGACAACGCAGUGUCCGUCGCCAUCGUCGCCAUGAAACACUCCUUCACCUCGUUAAAGGACGCCAGUCUCGAUUUCAUCGGGGACAACAUCUUCGAGGUGAUGGACACGGCCGGUUGGGCUACAGCGAUACACAGUGAGCCGGAGGCUCUCGUGGAAAUAAGCAAAAUCGUGUCAGCGGCACAAAGAUUACAGCUGGAAAGUUGUGGAGAAGAUAGUAGUGAAGACUGAGAUACAAAGGAAGUAUGGCGUUUUGCUGGUAGGUGCACUCCACAGCUAGGGCCAGUAUUAACCUAGAAUGGGCAGCUUCAACAAACAGAAGUAGUCCAAGGGGAUAGCCAUCAGGCUGAUGCAUCAGGACAUGCAGAAAGUCUUUGGAAUCACCUGGCAGAGGACAGAUGAAGAACACACUAGCUGGGAACAACCGAUGAAAAUGUACCUCGACAUGUGAUCUGAAGAGACCUUAUCAUUUUGUAGGAGAAAUGGCUGCUGAUCAUUAUGAGAAAUCGCCAUUAUCAAUAUGACAUCCAUUGUUGAGUGAAGGACUCUACCUGAGUUACCUAUGUUUUCCGAUUUUCAACUGUAUGUUUCCAUUAGAUCAUUGCCUUGGUCUUUUGAUGUCUUUUGGAAUAAAUAUAAUUUCCUUGUU